GUACAUUGUCUACUGUGCCAAGGACUUGAUUACUACGCAAAGUCGUACCGACACCAGGAAACGUUCUUGCCGACUGCCUGCGUAAACGCACCGGCAGGCUUGCCAGAAGUUCCCAAGUUCCCAUUGACUCACCAUAUUGGUACGGUACCGAUGAGACCAAGUUGACAGCUGACAUGGGCAUCCUAUAAUGGUAUAUAAGAAGCAGAAUGCACUUCAAGCUCCAAGUUGCUUCCGAAGAGCACCUUAAUAACUCCCCGUAGCAUACCUUACCCUAACACUUCCGAUGUUCCAACCAGUACCCGACCCUCCCUCUCGUCUGGCUCGUUACCGCAGACUGGCUCCUUCAGCUGGAGUGUUCGUCUCUCCAAUUCAGUUGGGUGGUAUGAGCAUUGGUGAUAAAUGGCCUACUAUCGGUGCGGGCGGACGGGAGGAGUCGUUCAAGCUCCUCGACGCAUACGCCAACGCUGGUGGCAACUUUAUUGAUACAGCCAACAUGUAUCAGGACGGACGUUCAGAAGAACUGAUUGGCGAAUGGAUGGAGGCUCGCCAGAACCGUGAUGAAAUAGUCAUUGCUACAAAGUAUACUGGGCAAUGGCAAACACACAAUAAGGCUGUCAAAUCUCAAGCGGCAUUUGUGGGCAAUAGCUACAAGUCUAUGUAUGCUAGUCUCGAGGCGAGUUUGAAAAAGCUCCGCACCAGUUAUGUGGACAUCCUUUACGUGCACUUCUGGGAUUAUACCUCCUCGAUCGAGGAGGUGAUGAAUGGGCUGCAUACCCUUGUAGGCCUGGGGAAAGUCCUUUAUCUUGGUAUUUCUGACGCACCUGCAUGGGUAGUCUCAGAAGCGAAUCGCUACGCCAAGGAUCACGGCAAAACACCUUUCGUUAUCUACCAAGGCAGGUGGAAUGUUACCCUCCGUGACCUCGAACGAGACAUUAUUCCAAUGUGCCGCGCGCACGGCAUGGCUAUCGCACCUUGGGACGUGCUCGUUCACGGUAAAGUUCGGACUGACGAGGAGGAAGAAGAAAGGAGGAAGUCUGGCAUGAAGGGCAGAACGGGUUUGUCCGCGGAUUGGGAGAGAAAUGAGGAUGAAAAGAAGAUGUGUAAGGUGUUGGAGAAGAUUGCGAGUGAGGUAGGAGCGAAAAACCUUCGUUCAGUCGCCAUUGCAUAUGUCAUGCAAAAGACUACGCACGUCUUCCCCAUUCUUGGUAUCAAGACUGUCGAGCAGUUAGAGGCAAAUGUCGAUGCUCUGAACAUCGCGCUUUCCUCUGAACAUAUCUCGGAAAUCGAAAGCGUCCUGUCUUGGGACUCGGGUUUCCCUCACAAUCUCUUGGGCGAUGGAACUGUGCCUAACGAGAACGUUAGGGGGACCAUUUGGUAUGAACCGGAUCCCCUCCCUGCACCGUUCCGACCUUGAGAUCGCUAGAGGUUGAAUACAGCAAAACUGUUUAUUGAACUAGCAAAUUUAUUGAAGAACCGACUGCAUGUAACAUUAGGAUUGAAUUCGAACGCUCAGUUAGGCACUCGUUUCCACGAGAUGAACAGUCAUGUACGUUUUACAACAACUGCAGAAUUUUAUACGAAGCAGGUGUCGAUGUCC